AUGCCCCAGUCGAGUUCGACAGGCUACUUCCCCAGCAUAAGGGAAAUGGCCUGGUGCCUCAUCCCCUGGAACAUCGACGACUGCUACAAAGCUCAAAAGCACGCGAACACCGCUGGCAGUCAAGCAGCAACGUAUUACCCCUCCAGCCUCCACAACGGCAAAGGCGAUGCUUUCCGCCAUUGUUACUGGAACGCCCGGAUGACGGUUGAUCUCGGCAGCAGCAAAGCGAAGAAGAUCGGUGACAACCACGAAGACGGCUCCAAUGGACCAGAGGCGGAGAAGAGAAUGGAUCGCGCGAACAACGCUUCCGGUCGAACCAUCGGAAGUAAUGCGUCUGGAGGGAGUAAGAGCGCCAAGUACACCAGUGCUAGAAAUGCGUGCAAAAGUGCGACGGAUAGCGGGCGCUUGGUCACUUUGAGGUGA